CUAUACAAAGUACAAACAAAAACAAUGAAAUUUUAAUUUUUUAACGUUCACAAUUAAUAUUUUCUCACGAACAUUACCAUAAAGACAAAUUAAACACUACUAAUUUUUACACGAGACCGUUAUGUGUGGGCGUAAAAUAACUAUACACUGUCGUGCAGGCUUUUACUGAUAGUCGGAUGAACUUUUUUCUUUUAGUGAUCUUUUCUGAAAAGCUGUUAUGUUAUUUCUUCAGUGUCACGCCCUAUUCAUCGCUUUAACAUCUCAAGUUUUAUUAACAAAUGGCCAACAAUAUAGUUACGAGCCCUAUAAUCGAAAUAGCUAUUCACAACAAUCCCAGACGGCAUAUGACCGUAACUUGCCUCAGUCGGCGAAUGAUCCAUUUAAUCCACAGCUCAAUCAAUAUGGCCAGCAAAAUAAUUAUUUGAAUCGACCACCAUACAACCAAUAUCCUGGAAAUCUGCCGUACCCCGGCAGGCCCGGAACACCUGCUUAUCGACCAAAUGGUCUUAACUAUCCUGGAGACAAUACGUUAUUGCUACCAGGAAUUUUGGGCAAGUGGCGACCGGAUCUACAGGGUAAAGAAAGACCGGAUUCCAAGCAACUUGACAGAGACGUUUUUGUAUCUACUAAAUACGGUCAAAUACAAGGUUUUAAGGUACACCUUUAUGACAACCCUCUGCCUGAAAGUGGUUAUAGGCCUUUCCAAACACCCGUCGAAAGAAAACAAGCUGAAGUGGCAGUGUUUUUAGGCAUACCAUAUGCAUCACCGCCAAUCAAUGACGGUAGAUUCCGGCCACCACGACCACACAAAGGCUGGCAGUUGCACCAAGCAGUUGACUAUGGACCCGCUUGUCCACAACCUGCAAUGUACACAGGUUUAACUAAAGGUGUAUCUAAGGUCGACGAAGAUUGUUUGUAUUUAAAUAUUUUCAUGCCAUCAACCGGAAUUGCACCUGCUAAGCCAUAUCCAGUUAUGUUUUACAUACACGGCGGAGACUUUAUUCACGGCUCAUCAAAUUCAUUUCAUGGACACAUGAUGGCAGCUUUCUAUAAUGUGGUAGUUGUAUCUAUCAAUUAUCGCCUAGGAGCUCUUGGGUUCUUGAGUACUUGUGAUGAGAAUUCCCCAGGAAAUUAUGGAUUAAUGGAUCAGGCUAUGGCUCUCCGUUGGGUCUAUGAUAAUAUUGAAUUUUUCAAUGGUGAUCGUAGGUCUAUUACAUUAUUCGGUCCUGAUGCGGGUGCAGCAUCUGCGGGAUUGUUAAUGGUUAAUCCAAGAACUAGUUUCAUGGUGUCUAAAGUAAUUGCUCAGAGUGGUUCUGCACUUGCUGAUUGGGCACUCAUUAAAGAUAGAUGGCGAGCUUUGAAUACAACUAGAGUGUACGCAUCACAUAUUGGUUGUAGCAUCGAUUCUACUUGGAAAAUUGUAGACUGUUUAAAAAGAGGACGUAGCUUUUUAGAACUGGGUGCUGAUUUUAAGCCACAAAUUGGUUUCAACGCUUGGGGACCAGUUAUUGACAAUGAAUUUUUAGUACCCAAAAAUAAUUGGUAUGAUGGCUGGCAACAAUCAGAUUGGCAUUUUGUCAAUGAGUCAGUGGAACACGCUAUCCGGUAUGGCCACUUCAAUAAAGAUCUUAGGUACAUGAGUGGCGUCACCACUCAAGAAGCAGCUUAUAUACUCGUUAACAAUAAAACUUAUACAGUAAGUGAAGAAUUGUUUGAAAAUAAAGUCAAAGAACUAGUUCUUCAGUAUAACUACACGUUAAAUCCUACGGGUGUCUAUCAAGCGAUUAAAUAUUUAUAUACAUAUUGGCCAGAUCCCCAUAAUACAGAUUCAGUACGAACUCAGUACAUAAACAUGUUAUCAGAUUUUUUGUAUGUUGCUCCACAUGACCAAAUAUCUAAAUUACUUGUAAACGAAGGUGUUCCAGUUUAUUUAUAUGUUUUAAAUACUACUGUGACAAGUAUUCCUUUACCAGAAUGGAGAUUAUAUUCACAUGAUACUGAAUAUUACUUUUUAACUGGAGCACCUUUUAUGGAUAGUGAUUUUUUCCCACGUAUACCUGUUGUGGAUAAAAGAAAAUGGACAGAUAAUGAUCGCAACAUGAGCCAUUUUUUUAUGAAAGCUUAUACUGAUUUUGCAACUCACGGAAACCCUAGUCAGACGCAGAUUUUGGGUUUACAUUUUGACAUGGCUGUGAAAGGAGAUCUUAAGUACUUAAAUAUCAACACGACUUUCAAUUCAACUAUAAAACAAAAUUAUAGACAAAUGGAGUCCGCCUUUUGGUCAGAGUACUUGCCGACAGUUAUCGGUAUUCUUGUUCCAUUCUAUCCACCGACUACAGAAUAUUGGUGGGAGCCUAAAACUCCGAUACAAGUAGCAUUUUGGGGAUUAUCCGGUCUUAAUAUGCUAUUGAUUGCCCUAACAGCAAUUAUGUGCAUUUUAUGGUGUAAUGCAAAAAAAACAAAAGAUCACUAUUUUAACGGUGAUGUAUUGGUCGUAAGAGAAGAACCCAUGGCAAUGAGUCAACAAGGUAUUGACAAUCGUAGUGUCAGUAAUAUUUAUGAAUACCACGAUGCACCUAUCAAAACACUAAACGCUUCUCCCAGGAAAACGGCGUCGGCUAGCACUUUAAGAACAAAUAGCGCCGCUUCAAUGAGAGAUCAUCCAAUGGGAAUAAGUGAAAAACCGGUACCGCAAACUCAGGUUUGAUUUAGAAUUUGAUGUACGAUAUAAUAUGUAUAGUCAUUUAGAUACAUUAAUAGUAUACAAAAUUACAUGUAUUAAUUUGGGUUUGUGACCUAAUUGUUCAUGGGCAAAUAAUAUUUUGAUUUACUGUUUUCAUCACAAUCAAAAUGUGAUUCCAAUGAUUAGCGUGUAAGAGUUUUCCAUAUGAUGUAACGGUUCCGUCCAGUGUUACUCAUACACAAUGACCAUUCAUAUUUUAUUAACUUAUUUUUUUUAUUAGUAACUAUCCGUCCAGGAAUAAUGUAAAUUAUUAUAACAAGAUGUCUGUCCUUUAUACUGUAUGUUUAAUAUUUUUAACAUAAGUAACAUGAAAUUAUAAUUAUUAGUUUAUUAUUUUGUUAAUUAAAUUCUGCAAAACGAUGUAAAACUACAAGUUUUUUCUUUUUGACCAAUUUAAAAAUAAUACAUCACUAGUACUUACCAAAAAUCUUAGAAAUUUACAUCACAAAGGUUUAUUUAUACAA